AGCGACGAGGUUGAUGUAACUGCAAACGCAACCGGGCAGCUGUACUGGGAUGACGGUGAAAGCUUCAUCGAUGAUGUAGCCAAAUAUCCCUACUAUCAUUGGGAGUUCUACUUCGUAUCAACAAACACAACAGCAGUUUUGUACAUCAAACCUACCAAAAUUAACCUAGAAGCAUCUGCCGAAAAAACAGUGCCGUUAGCGGCAAAACCAGCACUGAACUGUGCAGAAAAGCAUCUUCGUACCGACAGUAAGUUCGCUGUUCGGUUAUUGAACUGCACAUAG